AUGACCACGUCCAAAUACGAAGAAUCGAUUAAAGACCUCACUUCCACUGAUGACAACAAACGACUAAAAGCCCUUCGCUUUAUUAAAAACUCGGUCAUUGGCAACAAGACUAAGAAGGAUCUCUACAUAAAGCUGGGUGUUGUACAAAAACUUGUUGACUAUCUCACGCUUCCUGAUACAACAUCCUACGAUCUCAAGAUUCAAACGGCCACUGUUCUCGGCAGCAUAGCACAUGGCAAGGAUGAGAAUGUAUCAGUGGUGAUCUCCCACGGUGCUAUUGGGCCUUUAUUGGAUGUACUCAGCUUGCGACGCGACUUGCCUACGAUGGAUGCCAUUCGAGAAAAGCGUAAAUUGCUGGAGGCAGUGACACGUGCAUUGAAGUCGAUUUUCGCUUGUCCAAAGACGCCCAAGGAUGAUAUCUUUAUGGAAAGACACAUUGCAGAUCUGGUCACACUUUUGGAUGCCACCUCAUCGUACUUGUGCCAACAAGGUCGACCCAGCGCUACAUCGGAGAGUUUAUCGUUUGGGAUGAUUGCCGAAUUCACUGCAGCCGUUGUUGCCAAAUGCUGUGACACCCAAGAACAACAAGUCCAAUUGGCUUCUGCUGGUGUCAUUCCACCUCUCGUCAAUCUUUUACAUUCAGGCCAUAUCAAGGCUCAAGAAGCUGCAUUGGACGCUUUGGCCACAUUAUGUCGAGAAAACAGUGAAUUGGGCGAAAUCAUCAUUCAUGCAAAGCCCUUUGACUCAAAUCAGCUCACUACUGCUACCAUGCUGGAUUUCGUGAAGGAUAGGUGCCCCAACAUGCGUUUGAUUGCUGCAACAUGCUUGACCAAUCUUUAUCGCACUGGUGUAUUUACCGAGCCCUUUAAUGAGAUUGUCCUUGUGGUGCUACCAGCUUUAGUCAAACUCUUGAAAGAUCCAUCAGGCGAUAUCCAAGAACGUGCUCCUUUGGUGUUGGCAGAUUUGGUCAAGGAUAGCGAGGAUAUGCAAAAGGCUGCUUAUGACGCGGAUGCGAUUUCAAAGUUGGCAGAAUUGUUGUCGAGUGCCUCCACCAAAGAGAAUGAAGAAGAUUCCAAAGAACGAAUCGGUGUUCCAGGUGUUGGAAGCGUUGCUAAACGCAAGGAAAAGAUUCGUGAGAAUUCGCUUAUUGCCAUUGCAGCAGCAUCGUUAUUGAAGGAAGAAUGUCGAACACAAGCAAUUGAUUCCAAGGUACUUCCUCACGUUGUCUCGGCAUUACAAAGCAAAUAUCCACACGUCAGGUUGGCAGCAUGUCAAUGUGCAAAGUCGCUAUCACGAAGCGUGAGCAAUUUAAGGACAAGUCUCGUGGAUGCAGGUGUGGCCACGCCGUUGUUGAAGCUCUUGUAUGAUGAAUCCACCGUGAUCCAGGCAGCUGCAUGUGGCGCCCUUUGUAAUCUUACCUUGGACUUUUCACCCAUGAAAAAGAAUGUGAUUGAUGCUGGUGCUAUUGAUCGCUUCGUUGAAUAUGCCAAGUCGGAUGAUCCCAAACUACAGCUUAAUGGCGUGUGGGCAUUGAAUAGUUUAUUAUACAAGGCGGAUCUACAAGCAAAGAAGGCUGUAAUGAAAUCAUUGACAUAUGAUACUUUGAUCGAGCUGUUGCAUGAACCAGAUAUGGGAAUCCAAGAACAAGCAUUGGAGAUUGUGAGGAAUUUGGUGUGUGGACAACAAGAGGAUGUUGAGCACGUGAUUGAUGGGAUCGGCAAAGAUGAUCUGCUUGAUGUAUUGGAGAGCAAGCUGCAAGUGACAUCCAACAUGGGGCUGGAAGGAGAAGAUAGCAGCACAAUGGCAUCCAUUUUGGAGCCUGCACUUUACAUUAUAACAAACAUGUCAAGCAGCUACGAGGAACCAAGAAGGCUUUUAAUGAGUCGACCCAACAUUGUCAACAGCGUGGCAUCGCAUUUGUCUCAUCCCGCCCCCAAUAUUCGAGUUGCAGCAGUAUGGUGUAUUAUCAACUGGACGUGGAUCACAUGUGACGAUGAUGAAGAUGCAUUGGCCGAACGAGUGAAUCGACUACGAGCGCUUGGUGUGGAGCAACAAUUACGAGUGAUGGAAAAGGAUUCUUCUCGAGAUGUGAGAGAUAGAGUAAGAACUGCUUUAGAUCAAAUGACUGCUCUCGAAUCAUAA